CCAGACGCUGCCAGACGCAAGACGGCAGUGCAUCAUGGCGGACGUAUUAGACAUUGACAACGCCGAGGAGUUUGAGGUGGAUGAAGAUGGCGACCAGGGUUUGGUGAAGCUGAAGGAGAGAGCUAAGAAGCGCAAAGGCAGAGGCUUUGUUGGCGAUGAACGGUCAGACCGCCAGGAUAUCCUCUAUGAGGGGAUGGAAACAGAUGAAGCAGAUGAUGAGCCUGGACCUCAGAGAUCGGUGGAGGGGUGGAUCCUCUUUGUGACAGGAGUGCAUGAGGAGGCUCAGGAAGAUGACAUCCAUGAUCGCUUCUCAGAGUAUGGUGAGAUCAAGAACAUUCAUCUCAAUCUGGACCGACGCACUGGCUUCUUGAAGGGGUAUGCACUGGUAGAGUUUGAGACAUUUAAGGAGGCACAGGCAGCUCUGGAUGGUCUCAACAAUGCAGUGAUCCUUGGUCAGCCCAUCUCUGUGGACUGGUGCUUUGUCAAGGGACCAAGAAGGAACAAAAAGGACAGACGGAGGCGGUGAGCUAGAAAUAUCUACCGUCUUGAUGGUGUGUACAUGUGUUGAUGGUGAGAAGUCAUUUAUGUACACUGUAGGCUUAUCAUUCUCCUGAUACUUGCAGUACAAGUAAUUUUUCUCUCAUAAUUGACAUUAUUUUAAAGAAAUAACCAAUUUAUUUUCUAUCCUCAUUAACAAUAGUUGAAGUUACUUUGAAUUAACAGCAACAUUUGUAAAUAAAUGUUGGUGGUACAAAUACUUAGAUAAUUGAAGAGGUUCAUUUAUGAUUCAAAAUUAACAUAUUUGUCCAUAUAGAGUAAUUUUUUUCUUCAUGUUUUAUGUAGCUAUGUCAUGAUUGAAUGUAUGAUUGUUGUCCUACCAGUGAGCCAGUAAAGGAUGAAGUUAAAAUACUUGAAAGAAAGCUCCUUUCAUAUUAAAAUUAUUAGUUUUU